AUGGCAAAUAUCUUGCUCUACUUAUUCAUAGUGGCUGUGGGCCCUGCUUUGAGUGAAGAAAUAAAAAGAGAACCAAGACAUCUACAAAACAAACUGUGUUACAAGUUUGGCAUAUGUGGCGGUUAUCAAGGAGGUCACGGUGGUAACCAAGGCAACUAUGGUGGUUACCAAGGGUACAACCAAGGUUAUAACCAAGGUUAUAACCAGGGCUAUCCUAUCCCUCCGAUAAAUAUUGGUAUAAGCCAAUCUCAGUCUUCGUCUAGUGCUGGAGGUGAAGGAUACAGUAGUGGAAGCUAUCCAAAUAAUUACCAAUAUAACAAUGGUUAUCCUAACUAUGCCUACCACGGUUAUAAUGGUUACAAUGGAUACAAUGAGUACAAUGGUUACAACGGUUACCAUGGAAAUAAUGAGUAUAAUAGACCUGGUUAUUUUGGUAACGGAUAUGGCUCAUAUAAUAACCAAUUUAAUGGAAACUAUCAUGGUGGUCAAGGAGGAUAUGGUUUCCAAAAACCCUUUGGUUUUAAUGAUGAAGAAGGUUUUAAGCCUAUGUAUGAAGAAAAUGACGAAGAGUACGGCCGGUCUAAUAAAGAAAAGGAA